AUGGCCGAUACCGAACUGCCCAAGCCCGAGAUCAUUGAAGUCGACAAGACGCAGUUCAUCCCCGCAAGGCCGAACAAGACCAUAACGCCUGUGCAGGACAGGCUCCAGAACUCGCCAAAGAAGGUCUUAACGCCCGAAGUGCUCAAGGAGCGUCAGGAUAAAGCUCAACAGAGGCGUCAACUGUUCGAAGAGGAGAAGGUCAGCAAGGCGCACGCCGUGGUCGAGCACGCUAAGGAGGUCAGGGAACGGGCCAAGCUGCAGCCCAAGGAAGCCCAGACCGACGCCUGA